UUCCUUCAGCAUGACGGCCUACAUAUAUGUUCAAUAAAAAUUAGAUUGGCAUCAAGAAAAACAUGACUAAAGCAUGCUGAAAAAACACAAAGCUAUAAGGAUAUUUCGCUAACCAUCGUAGAGUGGAACCAAUUCAUCAUAGUAUGGGAAAGACUUGUCUCGCCAUUGGAGGGCAUCCUUGCUGUUCUUGCGAGCAGCAAAUGUGGCCCAAAUAUCUGCUGGUGCAUCUACCAUCAUUCUCACGCUAUCCCAUCCAGAACCACUUUCAGCUAACAAGUCUUUUACACUUCGAUAAUCUUUUUUUAAAUCCUGCUCCUUUUGCUUGAUUUGGUUAACAGUGAAUGACACAACAAACUUGGUAUUCAAUUGAGAAGUAAUACUUGUCCAUGCUUCCUUACUCCAUGCAUUUUGGUUUCGAAAACCAGGCACAUCAUGAUCUUUCAAGAGUUGAAUAAGAAAUAGCUUCAUUUGGUGACUCCAUUUAGCUCUAGGACAAGGCCUUACGGUACCUAAAGCAGGUAGAAACUUGCUCAAUUUCAACUAUGUUAGUCCUUCUAAGGAAGUAGGAGAACACGCUAAUCCAAUUUAUUUAAAACUGGAGCAAUACCUAUAUAUUAUGCGCUUCGUCUGCAGUACCAAAUUACUAAUGCAAGAAAUUUAACCCUUCAAGAGUAAUACCUAUUUGUUGAAAAGGCUGAGAAGUCACACGAUCAGCUUCAAAAUCGCUUAGUCCCUGCGAUUGUGAACGAUGGCCUUGUUGCUCAUAGCUCCGGUGAUUACCAUUCUGUAAUAAGACAACAGUAUUAUUGCAACCAAAAUAAUCACCACAACUGAUUGCUAAUAUUCUUCAUCUGCACCUAAGCAUCACACAUUGGUGUUGCAAAUUAAUUACUGCUACGUAGGAGCACGUUAGUACACUGGCCAGAUUAAUCUCAUUCAGUCAUUCAGAGAUGACUAGGACACACAGUAGAUGGAGAUUGAUUGGUUCCGGCUUGAGAAAGAUUACUUGGUGUACUGGUUAUACCUUCGGAAUUGUCAUCUGGUUGUAUUUAACAUCUCCUAAUUAUUGUCCAAAGCCAACUAAUCAUCUGGUUGUAUUUAACAAAGAAAAACUCUGCUAUUAAUCUCCUAAGGGGACUGAAACCACAAAAUUGAUGAAUCAGAUCGACUGAUCUCUGAACACCUGACAUACCUGCAAAGAGGAACAAAUGGCCAUGCUGUAGGGACGACCUGGAGUAGCCGGAGAAGACGAGAUGGCCGAGCCUCGCCGUAGUGACGCGGGCGGAGAAGACGAGAUGGGCGAGGGGAGAAACCAGCAGACGGGAUCUGGUGGCUAUCGUCGGUCGCUGCUCCCCUUCUAGACGAGGCAGAGUGCCUCCCUUUUUUUCCCCUUUUAUUUGCCCUCGCAAAAGAUCCAGAUAUAUUACUUUUGCCGCGAGAGUUGGCACGAGAGUAGCGCACGCGGGGCACUUCGUGCAGUCGUUCCGUGCCAGGAAUUUUUACAUGCGGUCGGACUUCAUGUUGAGAUUCCGCUGGAAAUAGGCUCAGGAAUCGGUUUUCCUAAGGAACUCGGUAUCACUGAUCCUGUGAACAGAAUGCCACAUACAGGAAAAUAUCCUCCGGUUCAGAAUCCCAUAAGAAUCCCACAAAUUUCCUGCAAACCGAAGGAGGCCUCAGCUAGUGUUUUGCACAAAAAUGUUCCCAAUAAGUGGUGGAAUGUGCAAUUUCCUCCUCGUGCAUUAGCCAUGUAAGGAGUUUAGUUGACAAGUCCUAUUCCAGGACACACCCUUAGCUCGUUUGGCACCCAUCAUUUGGGCUUAGAAUUCUGAAAUUCAUUUUGAAUUUCAGAAACGAACUUACUUGGUUGGCACAGAAUUUGCCACAUGAAUUCAAUCUCAAAUUCCACGAAUUGCACUAUAACUAACCCCAAUUUCUUUCAAAAAACAUCAUUUCUUUGGAAUUGUCUUUUACUCUCCAAAUCCAUGUGGUAGACAAACAUGAUUUUUGAAAGAGAUUCAAAUCCAACGAAAUGAAACGCUAUCAAAAAUUAGAUGUCUGGUAGAAAUGAAACGAUGGUUACCAAACGUACUCUUAAGGUGUUCCAACUCCCAAGGACCAUUUCUUCCCUCAAAACCAGUUAAGGUCCCGUUUGGAACGUAGGAAUAGAAAAUACAAAAAUAGGAAAAAACACAGGAAUAGGAAAGAAAUUCACAUGUAAAACAGAGCAUUGAAAACUACAGGAAAAAAUGACAACAACAUGUUUGGAAUACAGGAAUGGAUAAAAACAUAGGAUUCUUUUCCAAAACUAUUUGUCAGCUGUGUUAAAAAACGAAAUAUAUAAAUGGCCACAUGUCAGACAUGAUGAAGAUUCCGCGUAUUUAUGAAGAUAGGAUGGCCGCAGCCACCGGCAUGCCACUCCGAGCACACGGAUCCACCUGAACGGUUGGACCUGCAGCUCUUUUUCUUGGCGGCAAGACGAUGUGUUGGAUUCGGUGGCAAAGACGUGCAUUUCUUCAGAACGCAGCCAGUGGGCGGCUCUCCAAGCUGUGUUCGUCCGGCUUGAUGCAAAGGAAAGAGAAAAAGAGGUCAGACCGGAUGUUUUGGUCCCUGUGGAAUUCCUCCAUUUUGCAGGCUUGCUACAGUGUUCCUCCAAAAUCCCUUUGCUCCAUUCCUGUGUUCCAAACGCACAAACAGUGCCUAUUCGUUUUUCCUGUGGAAAUCCCAUGAACCAAAUGGGGCCUAAGCCUGACGGACAAGGGACAUUUUCUCAUGGAGCAGAUGGGCAGGAACAGAUAUGAUGACUUUUAUUUUUGUCACGCAGUGGUUGGAGUUGGGUAGCGAUCGCGCAGGUUUCUGUCUACGUCCCUACGAGCACGUACGUACAGAGGCCGACGCCACGCAGGGAGCCAGGGAGACGCGACGAGGCCCCUGCCCCUGCGGGCGCGUGAUAUGUGCGAAAUCGGCCCAAUUUGAGAGACGAUAUUUUUUAUUUAAUUUUUGUUUCCUAAAAUACUUUUUUUUUUGAGAGGACCAAAGAAGAAAAAUUUAGACCAAAGCCCAGACGACAGCCCAAAAGGCUGUCUUUACAAGUUACGACGCCGCCGGAGCCUCUUGACCGGCCCAAUCCAGAAGCAUAGCUCGCCUCGCCUGCACGCACGCCUCGCUCGCUUCCCACCGGAUCCAACUUCUCAGCUCGGCAGUCAGUACGCACGGCACAGUGACACACUGACACUCCUCCAGAAACCUCGCCACCCUCUGUCUCGCUCGAGAAAGCAAGCAAGUUGGAAAUCUCCGAUGGCUCCCUCCGCGUUCUCUGCCGGCAACGCGCUCGCGCGUCUCCCUCGCCGCCUGGCGCCCAACUUCAUGCGAAAGCAAGGUUCUGGCCGCGCCGCCGGAGCUUUUUCGCUGGCCGUGCGUGCGGCGAAGGACUCGGACAACUUCAGAAGCCUUGUCUCCGAGAAGCUUGCGGAGCCGGUGCCGGCGAAGCGGGAGGGGUGGGAUGGUUUUCCUCGGGAGGUGAGUAAUGGGGAGGAAGAGGCGCAAAUGCCGGGCGAACCGGCUCCGUGGAGUGUUCUCAACCAGAUCGGCGUCGAGUUGGACUCUGACAGUUCAUAUACCGCUCUAGUCUAUGGGACCUCUGCCCUUGUUGCUGUUUGGAUAUCAUCAAUAGUGGUUUCUGCACUUGAUUCAGUCCCUGUGGUUCCUCAGGUGAUGGAAGUUGUUGGCCUGGGCUUCACAGUUUGGUUCACCUCACGAUAUCUGAUAUUUAAGGAAAACAGGGAUGAGUUGAUCACGAGAAUUGGCUCCAUCAAGAAGCAGGUACUUGGGUCUCGUGACGAAUGAGCAAUUUUUGGGCACUCUGUUGACGGAGUAGUUGUACUGAAGAAACAUCACAGCGAAUCAUGGAUGUUUUUUGUGAAGAGAUAAACUGGUAUCACAUCCUGUCCUUCUUUUUUCUCAAGGGAAAUGUUCUGAAUAAUCAAUAUCUUAUCUCAAGCUUUCCUUCAAAAUCUGGUUGUUUCUAAUAGUUUAGUCACUGUGUCAUCGGAUUGUUGUACUUUUAUGUGGUUUCCGUUGAAAACCAAGGGUAGGGGCUGCGCCAUGCUGCUUUGCAGAAUUCUUUGGAUGGCAUGCGACCUGCUAGGACGGCAAUCAUUCUAAAGUAAUGGUUCAUGACCAUA